AUGAGCCCAUUGGAUAAUCUUACGGCCCCGACGUAUUUGGGCCGGCCCUGGAAGGAUUUCUCUACAACAGUUAUUUUGGAGACUGAAAUUGGUGGGUUCUUGAGACCACAGGGCUGGAUUUCAUGGGUCAGUAAUGUGGAUCCUCCUAGUAGUAUCUUCUAUGCUGAGUAUCGGAAUACUGGGCCUGGAUCGAGUGUGGCUGAUAGGGUUAAAUGGGCUGGAUAUAAGCCCACUCUUACACUGACGGAGGCCUCAAAAUACACUGUACAGUCCCUCAUUGAUGGUGCAUCGUGGUUGCCUGACGCAAAUGUGGCAUUUGAAUCAACCUAA